CAACGUCAGUUGGCUGCUGAACACUAAAAUCAAUUAGCUAAAUAAGAUUGCGUAUACGCCACAUAGUACAGCAGAAGCGAGUGUCCAGUCGCCAUGAAGGAGACCAAGGUAUUGGAGGAGGGCGACGCCUCGUUGCUAUCCGAAUCAUUGCUGAAGAUUGCCAAGCGGGAGCUGCGCGAGGACAAGUGCACGCGCGAGCAGAGCCUCGAGCAGCUGCGCAACUGGGUGCUAAAGAACGAGGAUCUGCAGAAUGUGCGCUGCGAUGAUACCUUCCUGUUGCGCUUUCUGCGCGCCAAAAAGUUUAGUGUGCCGAUGGCGGAGCAGACGCUGCUCAAGUAUCUGAACAUUCGGCGCACAUUUCCACACAUGGCCACCAAGCUGGACUUUCUGGAGCCGCGUAUGACCCACCUCAUCGAACAGGGUUACAUAUUUGCGGCGCCGAAGCGGGACAAGCACGGCCGACGCGUUGUGAUCAUCAAUGCCAAAGGUUUGAAUCCAAAGUUUCACACAAGCUGCGAUCAGGCAAAGGCGCAUUUUCUGACUUACGAGUGCCUCAUGGAGGAUCAGGAGACGCAAAUCACGGGCCUGAGUCAUGUGGGCGACUUUGCGGGCGUGACUACGGCGCAUGUGACCAACUGGAAUCCCACAGAGUUUGCGCGCGUCUUCAAAUGGGGCGAACAAUCGCUGCCCAUGCGCCACAAGGAGAUCCAUCUGAUCAAUGUGCCUUCCACGCUGAAAUGGCUGAUUGACUUUGUGAAGAAUCGCGUCAGCUCCAAGAUGAAAAACCGCCUGAACAUCUAUGGCAGCGACAAGGAGCUGAUGAAGAGCGUCGAUGCCGAGUGCCUGCCCCAAGAGAUGGGCGGCUCAAUGCCCAUGCGUGAGAUGAUCGAGCUGUGGAAGCAGGAGCUGGCUAGCAAACGAGAUCUCGUUCUGGCCCUCGAUCAGAGCACCUUGCUCUCCGAUCGUGGCAUCCAGCGACGCAGCAGCUACAAUUCCGAGAAGACCAGCACGGGCACCAAUUUCGUCUCACAGAUCGAGUCCAUCGAGGGCAGUUUUCGAAAACUGGAGUUCGAUUAGGCACARCCGGAUACCCGAUCCAAUGGCCCUUAUGCUAUUCGAUAUAUAUAUAUAUAUAGAUAAGAUUUAGUUGUAGGCAUUAUCCUUAAUUUGUAAUUUGCACACGCAGCGCUUUGCUUUGUUGU